AUGGAUGAAUCAAGAAAUGAAGAUGUAAUAUCAAGCAAUCUAUGGGAAGAAACUUUGUUGAUCGAUUUCGAUCUCAUUUCCACCGUUUCAUCAUCUGCUCAUCAAGAUGAACUUUCCAAGCUUAAUUCUGCUCUCAAAAAUUGGGGUUGUUUUCAGGUUACGUUGCGUUUAUUGGUGGUUUUUGUUGUUGUUAAUGAUCAGGUUAUAAACCAUUGUAUGACAAAUUUAUUUCUGGACGAGUUGCUUGAUAUUUGUAGGCAGUUUUUUGCACUUCCUUUAGAGGAAAAACUAAAAUCGGCAAUGGAAGAAGAUAUUUUCAAUGGAUAUGGAAACCCGGCUGUUGUGCUUGCUGGAGAUAAGCCUAUCAACUGGAAUGAUAGACUCUUUCUUACAGUUUAUCCCGAGGAUCAACGCAAGCUCCCAUUUGGGCCUCAGAAGCCGGAUAAAUUCAGUAACUUUGCACUAAAUUUGACAUUAUCACAUGGCAGAUAUCAUUACUGUAUUUGA